AUGCAAAGACUCCCAAACGAGAUACUUCUGGGCAUCGCCGACUUUUUGGAUUCUGAACGAGAUCUCAAUGCCUUGUGCCAAGUCAACCACGCCAAUCGUGGUGCCCUAGAGCCCAAACUCUACCUCUUGAAUGCCAAUAACCAUCAAUCCUCGGCCCUGAUCUGGGCAGCCAAGCAUGGACACUUGACAACCGCCCAAAAAUUUGUGAAGUUCGUUUGCAGCAUCGACCAACAUCCGGCCACAUACGUAAACGCAGUUGAUGAUGACCAUCGCACCCCCAUUUCAUGGGCAUCCGACCGCGGAGACAUCAACACCGUCAAGCUCCUCCUCUCAAUACCAGGCAUCGAUAUCCACAGAACGAACAAAUACGAACAAACGCCGCUGCACUACGCCAUUACAGGUGGACACAUCACCGUCACAGAGGAACUUUUAUCCUGGGAACAUAUCGACGUGAACAGUUACACCAAAGACGACCGGCCACUGCUGAUACAUGCCUGUAUGUCUGGCCAGGUGAAAGCUGCGAAACUACUACUUGACAAGGGCGCCGACGUAAACGGUUCGGACUUUCGCGGCGGUACAGCUUUGUAUUACGCCUGCAAUCGUGGUGACGAAGCAAUGGUAGACAUGCUGCUUUCGACGGAGGGACUGGAUGUCAACGCAGUCUGCGUGGGCGGCUUCAGCCCAUUCAUGACCGCAGUAAAACGGAACCAGGUCAGCGUGGUGAAGAGGCUGCUGGUCCUGGACAAUGUGGAUGUGAACCUCUGCGACGAUAAUGGCUGGACACCGUUCAUUUGGGUUGCUCACCUUGGCCACGAGCAAAUGUUGCAGCUUCUCCUGGCUUGUCCGAAGAUUGAUGUAGAUGCUGUUGGUAAUCAUGCAGAGACGGCAAUUACCCGCGCUGCUGUAGCCGGACAUGAAGGAAUAGUUAAGAUGCUGCAAGGUUGA